CAUAUCGCCGAUAAGUUUCGUUUUCGACUGAAAUGAUCAAUUCGGCAGACUGGGUGCGCUUAAAUAGCCAUAUGCUAUAGGCUAUAAUGGCUAGAGGGAAGAUCAUUUGGUCUAUGUUGGGCCAUGCUUUUGGGUCACUCAAGGUUGGCACCAGCAUAAACAGUAAACGCAUUAUGUCUCGGUUUGGAAGUUGGUCGUCGUGUGUUUUCUCUGUUGAAUUAGACAAGAAGUCUGAUCCCAUUUAUUUUUCUCUGCAAGACAGAAAAUGCAACGAGUUUUUACAGGGGUUCAUAAACGUAUUUUCUGAUGGAAAAUGCUACUCGCUUCAUGUCGACAGCAAUGACAGAAUUCAGAAAGCAAAGUUUUACGCUAGCCUUAAAGACAAAUUGAUGAACGAAUUGCCUUCAGACUGUCAGAUUCACAGGGUGACGUCAUUUCAGCCUAAUGUCAGAGAGUCUGUCAUUAAAGGGUAUUUCCUCAAAGACUUUUCAAAGUCUUCAGUGGCAACUGAAGGAAUUUUGAAGGAACUUCUCCACGGAUAUCCGGUGGUCGUGUGCUCCUAUGUUUCUGGCGGAGGAGACGGCCAAUUCUUGCAACACCUGUGGUCCCGCACAGAGAGCGGCAACGUGGAAGUCACGGCUAGAUACAGUGUGGUUUCCGCAGAGGCGCCGGAUUACCAUCCCUCAACCCUUAACAUAAUCAACUCUGAUGUGUUCUACAGUUUUGAGGAUGCCUACAGUGUUCUAGAAGAGUGUGGUGACGUGGUUCCAGGGUCCAGGGCUGUUCUGGAGCUUGUGGACCAAAGACUGCAGACUGGAGAGAAAACCCACCAUCCUGUAGUUGUCAUCGAGGGAUUAGACGCCACAGGUAAGACCACCCUGACCCAGUCUCUCAGAGAGGCUCUGGGGGCCAGUCUGUUGAGGUCCCCUCCCCAGUGCCUGGCCCCCUGGAGGGGCCUCUUCGACCAGGAGCCCCCCCUCCUCCGCAGGGCUUUCUACGCCCUGGGUAACUACAUCACGGCUGGACAGAUAGGCCAGGAGGCCACCCACACACCUGUCAUCGUGGACAGGUACUGGCACAGCACGGCCGCCUAUGCCAUCGCCACGGCCGUGGGGGGCAAGGUCAACAACCUGCCAGAGGGGGGUUCCGAGGUGUACCGCUGGCCUGGCGACCUGCUCCAGCCCAGCCUGGUCAUCCUGCUGACCCUCGACCCCCAGGAGAGGAGGAGGAGACUCCGGGGAAGGGGGCAGGACAAGACCCAGGAAGAGGAGGAGCUGGAGGCUGACCACCUGUUUAGGCUGAAAGUUGAGGAGGCUUACCACAGGAUUGAGGGCCCACCCUGUGUCACCGUGGAUGCCAGUCCCUCUCAGGACCAAGUGCUCCAACAAGUGUUACUUUUAAUUAGGGACAAAUGCCACUUGUAAACAGCUCCUCCUCUGACAACCCUGCACCAGGUGGCUGCUGUACCAAUCGACACCACUAGAUGGCAGUAAAGUGUUGUAGAAAUGCCCCAACCAGAGGAAGAGAGAGUUGGUGAAAAGAUUCUAUUCACAAUGGCUUAUGGCAAGGGGCCAGACUACACAUACAGCUACAGCACACACACUUGCACACUAACACUAAAAGCCCAGCCAGGGCAUGUCACAACAUGUCCCAUUCUGCGUGAAUGGCAUGGGUGAGAUGAUGGGAGUGUUAUUGUGAAUGCUAUAGUGAUCUGUCAGUAGUCAUAUUUAUGGAUACAGUCUAAGGGCUCACUAUGACAACCAGCUUUAUUAGGCCUGAACUCCAGGAAAUGAAAGGGAGGGUUUGUAUAUUCAUCAAUCACUUUGGUUUCAUUUAUACACGGCCCACCGCCCAAGUCUAAGACCAGCUUUCUGCUUUCCUUUUGAAGUAACUGGUGGAGAUUCCUUCCAGGGUUUAAAACACACACUAACCUGUGAUCCAUUACACAUAAGAAUAACACUGCUUAUUUGUUGGAUUACGGUUUCAAAUUAAAGGAAACGUGAAUUAAAGACA